GAUGUACUUCCUGUGGCAGGUGACUCAGGGUCGUAAACGUCUCAUCAUGUCUCUACGGGAACAGAUCGUCAACGAGGGGAAGGACAAGGCCUUUCUCCUCAGAAGGUUACAGUGUCUACAGAGACAGGGAGCAAGCAGAUCUAGACCACAGGUGCACUUCGAGGAGGAGAGACCGACCAGGCCAGAGUCAGGGCAGCUUAGAGAAGAAGCACGCCCUCCUCCCUCCUUCCAACACCCAUCCCCCCCCAUGGAGGCCCCCUCCGUGUUCACUCGGCCUCCCUGGGACAGCUCCCCCAGGCUAGGUAGAGCCCAGCCCCCCAGCCCCCGUGGUGGAGCCAGCCCCAGAGGCAGCCCUGGUCGCGGCCGGACCCCAGCCAGCAGGCAGGCGUGCUGGGUAGAGGAGCGACCAGCUCCUCCCCCUCCAGAUCCACUGUGGCCAGUCAAGGGUAGAGGAUGGCUUCAGGGAAGGCCCCGCGGGGGGCCCAGAUUGGAGCCGCUGCCUGCCCGCGAGGUACCCGUCCUGCCUGGGUCGGUGCCUGAGAGCGCCCCCCCUCCCCCACGGAGACCUGGGUCCAGCAAAGCAGAGGUGAACCAGGGACAACAUCAGUCCUAGCGAGACUCAGAGAGAGGAUAGGAGCCCACAUCAACUGUCGGGUUCAGACAUGGUCUGCUUCCAAAAUGCCACCCUAUUCCAUAGGACUCAGGUCAAAUGUAGUGCACUAUGUAGGGAAUAGGGUGCCAUAGAGCUCUGGUCUAAAGUAGUGCACUAUGUAGGGAAUAGGGUGUUGUCCCAGAAGAAGAUUUAAGUGUUAGUUAGUUGAGAUAAAGGGAGUUGUUAUAUUGUGUGUUGUCUUUUUGAUGAAUAUAACAAAGGUUUAAGUGCUAGUUAGUUAGUUGUGAUAAAGGUAGGUGAUCUUUAUGUUGAGUUAUGUUGAUAUGUUGAGUUCUACUAUUUUAUAAGUCUUGUUCUGUAUCAGUUGAUUUUGAAUUAA